GAGUAAAUAAAGGCUGUGAGCUGAUACACGUGGAUUGUUUAUUAUUUAAUUAAAUGUUGUGAGAAAUGGAUGACGAGCUUACAGACGGGUAUAAUGAUCCGUGUAUGCAGUGUGGAGCAGUAAACUGGGCUGUAACAGAUGAAGGACAGUUCUUCUGUAAUAACUGUCAUAAUGUCAUUGAGAGAACAAAAGAAGUGCAAAGUAUUACUGACUUUGUGAACACCAGGCAAACCUCUGUUACAUCUGGCAAACGGAAGCGAGAUGGAAAAGGUGGGCCAGAGUGGAUGAUAUGUGAAGGCUUUCAGUUUAUCCUCAAACGUCAGGCAGAAGCGUUAGUUUCAUUAGGUGUCUGCUCUCAGUUUAAGACAGACGUGUUAUGGAAUUUCUGGAAGCGAUACCUGCAGAAGACCCAACAGGCUUACACAAGAGAGCUGGCGAGGAAGAGCACAAGACAUUCUGUGGAACAAACCUCUGAGAGUGAGGCAGAGUCUCUGGCCUUCAGUGAAUCGUCAUGGAUUGAUGAUGAUGCAUCGCUGAAGGAUGAUUGUUCAAUUUCUGGCUAUUCCAGUAGUGGAGGAGUGUCUGUGGGUUCGGGUUCUGUGGAUGCAGACAACUAUUUUUCCACAAAGAGGAAGAAGAAACGCCAUUUAAUGAGCAUGCCCAAAACUUUGGCACUGUGCCACCUUGCUCUUCUCUGGAUUCGAGAGGGCAUUACUCUGGCAGACUUGCUUAGGUUGGUGUCUAAUAGACACGUUCCUUACAUCAACGCUCAUGAACUUUUCACUGAAGAGAUGAGGUUCUUCGGCAGGGACGCCUUGCUCUUCAAAGUUGAGUCCUUCCCGUCCUACAAUAUGGUACACACGGAGGCAAUGCAGCUGGCCAAGCUGAUGGAGCUGCCCAUGUUCCCUCCAGUAACUCCAGACUGCCUGCUUCACCCAGCUUUGCUCAGCCUGCACUACCUGAUUGAUGCCAACCUUCCUGAUGAAAUGCAUGUGUUAGUAUGUCAAGUAAUAGAGAAAUCAGGCAUGGAAAAAGACAGUUUUCUGACCUUCAACCCCACUGUGAGAAAGCCUGAACUGCUGUGCUAUGAUCUUCAGGCUGCAGCGUUGAUUAUUGUGAUCAUGAAGCUUCUGUUCAAGCUGGAUGAUUAUAGGGAGUGGAAGUUGUCUAGAAAAACAGGAAUAAAAGACAAAAAACGAAAGUCCAAGAAAGAACAAAACCAAGUCAAGAAGAAGAAGAACAAGAAAGACAGCAAGAUGUUUAGUUUGAAAAGAUGGUUUAUGAUUAUGCAGCCAGCGCUGCAGCGAGCCAGGAAAAAAGAAGAGCAGAUUGAAGCGAGACGAAAGUGGAAAUCGAAAAAGCCCAUCAUACAGAGUUUGAGAAUGAAGAGUGAGAUACUGAAAAGGAGACGUCUGGUUGAACAGCUUCAGAAUCGUUUCCACACUCUGGCUGCUUCAGCUCCAGAACCUGAGCCUUCCACCCCAUCCAGCUUCAUUUUUUGCUGGGGAAAAGAGGACGGCGCUGAUGGACCUAGUCUCCGCCACCAGAGCCUGGACUGUGUUUUGCAGAAAAAUAAAAGCACCUGGCGCCUUGUCAACCGCAAAUAUUGGCACACCGCUUUGAGGAAAUGCCGUGUUGGACAAUGUGGGGAUCAUUUUGCUGAGUUUAAGCCGAGCUUUCCCAGAAUGUACUUGUGGGUCCUGAGCCUCUUCUCUUUCAUGCUGGGAGUCAGUGAAGGCCAGCUGCACAAACAGGUGGUAUUUGUGGAGCGACGGCUACUGGGAGCCAAAGGGCCACUCAGACCUUAUGGUGGAAAAUCUCCGAGAACGAGAAAGAAGAAGGCUGGUUAGAGGAUAGUUCUUUGUUGUAUACAAAAAAGGAUGUAAUGUGACUCUGCUAUGGUUUCAAAUCAAACGCAUGUGUUUGUGUAUAAAUAAUGUACUGAUUUAUAAAA